AAAAAACAAUCAGUUUUCACAAUCAUCGAUUUCGAAAAAUUGACAAUUUUUAAAACCGAUUUUUAUAUCGACGGUACAAAAAAAAUUAAAAAAAAAAAAACAAUAAAAAAUUUUGUGACACAGAAUAAAAAAUCGUGAGAGUGAAACAAGUUUUCGAAUUUUGAAAAUUUGAUUUGUUUCUAUCUCUAUGGCCAUGCUAUUCACCGAUCAAAAUUCAUUUCGUCAUUAUCAAACCUCGCAAGGAGGUUAUGGAAGUGGUGGUCCAGGCAUGGCACCAUACACCAUGCACGAUCAAUAUGCCAGGUACGCAUAUCCAGGUACAGCAUAUGCUAUCGGCGGACCACAUCAAAACAAUCGCGAAAUGGUUAAACCACCAUAUUCGUAUAUCGCACUUAUUGCAAUGGCCAUUGAACACUCACCCGAUCAUAAAAUCACACUGAAUGGCAUUUAUCAAUACAUAAUGGAUAAAUUUCCGUAUUAUCGUGACAAUAAGCAAGGCUGGCAAAAUUCCAUUCGACACAAUCUCAGUUUGAAUGAAUGUUUUGUGAAAGUGCCUCGCGACGAUAAAAAACCCGGCAAAGGCAGCUACUGGACACUGGACCCAGAUUCGAAUGGAAUGUUUGAUAAUGGUUCAUUUUUGCGACGGCGUCGUCGUUUCAAGAAAAAGGAUGCAAUCAGAGAAAAAGAGGAGACAAUCAAACGACAACAACUCGUCGAUAUAAAACCAAUUAAAUUAAUGGCCACAAAUUCCGUUGUGGAUGCUAAGCAUAAUCAUCAAUAUCAUCAUUUUAAACGUGAACCAGGACUAGAUCUAUCAUCGCAUUUAAUGUCAAAAGACAUGUUCGGCGCCAAUUCAAUCUUAAAUCCAUAUGCAAGUGAUUCGAUUACUAGUCAGUUGGCAACGGCUACUGAACAUGGAUUCACCGUUGAUUCACUAAUGAAUGCUGGAUAUUCAUCGCGAAUUCAUCACGCUUCAUAUCCUUACCACAUUACCAACGAUGAAAACUUACAAUUACAAGCCAGAUUCCAUUCAAACUAUCAUCAUGGUGGUUGGAAUCCACCAGAUACGCCGCCAGAAUCUGUGACAAAUGUCCCAACCUCAUUGCAUAACAACAACACAAGCGGCAGUGUAGGAGGCGUAUCCAUAAGUGCAACAAAUAUAUCGAAUUCAAUAUUGGCCGCCACAACAAAUACGGCAAUUGCAUAUCGUGAUGGUCAAUUUUUCGAUCAAAAUUGUCACAUGGAUACAGGUAGUCCAAAUGGUAGUUUAACAUCGGCAUCACCACCGUCGGUGAUAGGAGCCCAUUCCGCCAAUCAUGUAAGCAAUUACAGACCACACAUGGCUUAUUAUCAAGUUUAAAAGAAAAGAAAAUCCAUUUCAUGAGCUCAAACAAAUGCAUCAGUUUGAAUUAGAAAGAAAAAAUCGCGAAAACUAGACAGUUUUUUUUAAAUAACACAUACAUAAAAUGUCCAAGAUUGUGCAUUUUUCAAUAAAUGCUGUAUGCAACUGAUUUUUUUAUGUUGUUUGACGAGUGAUCAAGAUGGACAAAUAAUCAAAAAAAGGUGUGUUAAUGCAACAUUGACCCAAGAUUGAAUAAGUUACAAUUGAGAGAGAGAGAGAGAGAGAGAGAGAGAGGAGCACACAUAAUAUUGCUGAUUUUCAGUAGUCUUAUUAGUAGAAAAGUCAAUUUAACACAAACAGAUGAAAUCAUCUACUUAAAAAUAUAUAUAAACAAACAAUAGUAUAUCGACAAAAAUGUAGAAUAAAGAAAAAAGUGUGAUGAAAACGUGUGGACACUGCCACUUCAGUCGUUGGUUGAUGGCAUUUUUCAAGCAUAGAAAAUAGAUAUUCAAACGAUCAAUUUGCACUUUUCACCAUAUGCAUUUAAUGAGAUUAACAGAACGAAAAUGAAAACAAACAUUAGCUUACCUUAUGCAAUAAAUAAAUUCACCUUUGAAUAAGUCAUAAAUAACAAUGUAAAUAAAUCCACGUAUUCGCAUUCCUCAUACACAUAUAAGUAGAAUAUAAUAAGCUAUAUAAAUUAUUGCUAUCCAUAUAAAAAAAAAAUCAACCAACAUCUUUCGCAUAUAUUAUUCAAGUUGAAUCAUGACAUAUUUCGCCGUAAAAACCAUUUAGUAUCAUACAAAAUUGAGGUUGCCUCUGUUGCAUAAACACCAUUUAGAAAAUAGAACUAUUUCCAUCUCAUUUGCAUGAAAAUCAUUGAAAGCAAAUUGCUUUAAAAACGUGAAAAAAAUUUGUGUUUAACGAAAAAAAAAGAAGAAAAAUUAUCUCUAAAACUUGAAAGUAA